CCGCCUCUCGAGCGGCCAUCUUGGAAGCUGAGGCGGCGGCGGCGCUGCGGCGGUGCGGUGCGCUCUGUCCCGGGGCGGCGCUGCUCUUUGGCUCGGGCCCCUCUCUCCGCUCCCUGCUCCGGCCUCGACCACGGCGAGCCUGAGCGCGGCGGCGGCCCACGCGCGGCGACGGGGAGAGAUGAGCAGCAGCAGCAGUAAGAGGGCCCCCACGACAGCGACCCAGCGGCUGAAGCAGGACUACCUGCGCAUCAAAAAAGACCCUGUGCCUUACAUCUGUGCUGAGCCCCUCCCGUCCAACAUUCUGGAGUGGCACUAUGUGGUCCGAGGCCCUGAGAUGACCCCUUAUGAAGGUGGCUAUUACCAUGGCAAGCUGAUUUUCCCCAGAGAGUUUCCUUUCAAACCUCCUAGUAUUUAUAUGAUCACUCCCAAUGGAAGAUUCAAGUGCAAUACGAGGCUGUGUCUUUCCAUCACGGAUUUCCACCCAGACACGUGGAACCCGGCCUGGUCCGUGUCUACCAUCCUAACCGGGCUCCUGAGCUUCAUGGUGGAGAAGGGCCCCACCCUGGGCAGCAUAGAGACGUCAGACUUCACGAAGAGACAACUGGCUGCACAGAGUUUAGUGUUUAAUUUAAAAGACAAAGUCUUUUGUGAAUUGUUUCCUGACGUCGCAGAGGAAAUUAAACAGAAACAGAAAGCACAGGAUGAACUCAACAGCAGACCCCAGGCUCUCCCGCUCCCAGACGUGGUUCCCGACGGGGCAGCGCACCACGGCCAGAACGGGCUCCAGCGCCUCAACGCGCAUGCGCCGGGGGCGGGGCCGCACCUCGCGGGCCUGCAGCAGGCCAACCGGCACCACGGACUCCUGGGCGGCGCGCUGGCGAACUUGUUUGUCAUAGUCGGCUUUGCGGCCUUCGCCUACACGGUCAAGUACGUGCUGAGGAGCAUAGCUCAGGAGUGAGCCGCAGGCCGCCGCCGGCACACGUGGUCGCCAACGGGGACGCUGGCCCGAGCCUUGCCACUGGCUGGCCGUGCCGCCGAGCGCAGGGCGGACCCGCCUGACUCGGGGGGUUAGCUUUUUAAAACCUUUAAGAGGAAAACAAAAGCCAGAGUGUGUGGUUUGGAUUUGGAGCAGCCGCGAGAUCGCGAGCCCCUGUUCUCGCCUGGGGUCUGUCGGGCCGUGGAGCUCGGGUGUCCAGGAGGAGGGCCUCGUGCUUGGGGUAGAGCUUCUCUCCUGUAUCGUCUCUUGGACCUGUUUAGUAAACCCGUUUUUCAUUUUA